AUGAACGAUUUACAUUUUCAAGAUUUCGGAUCAAAUACCGUAAAUUCAAAUAAUGAUCCUCGACAUCCGGGUGAACUUGGGGACCAGUCCUAUCUCUUUACUUCUGAAAGAACAAACAGUCGAAGUAGUGCAACAGAAAAGAACUUUUUUUCAUUCGAAUUUUACCAGCAGUAUUUUGAUGUGGAUACUGAUCAGGUAUUAUCGAGAAUUUUGUACAGCAUGUUCCCACGAUUUCCAUCCAAUUUUAUCGCUGAUCACAUUCAACCACUUCCAGAUUUAUGGGGACCCUUUUGGAUAUCUGUUACUUUGGUGUUUUCCACGGCUAUCUGCGGUAAUCUUGCAAAAUAUAUUCAAACAUCAGGCUCUAACCCAACUUAUCAAUAUGGAGCUGAUUUCAGAUUAGUUACUGGUGCUUCAACAAUUAUUUUUUGCUAUGUGGUAUUGGUACCAUUUUUUCUUUAUUCUUUAUUUUGGUAUCGGAAAUCAUGUCUACAAUAUUCAUAUUUCGACAUACUGUGCGCUUAUGGCUAUAGCCUAUCAGUCUUUGUUCCUGUAUCGGUUCUCUGGGUUUUACAAGCACAAUGGUUUCGUUGGCUUCUUAUAUUUUUAUCAGUUACAUUAAGUGGAUCAGUGCUUGUAAGUAGCAUAUGGCCCGCUGUUAAAAAUGACCGCAAUAGAGCAAUUGCUUUGGGAACGAUACUUUGUGUGUUUCUGUUGCACUCGUUAGUUGUAGUUGGCUUUAAAAAUUAUUAUUUCGAUGCAUCUUUGCCAAGCCAACUCGAGAUUGACAAUUUUCACUUGUUACAUCAGCAAGUUCGAAACAUUGAGCAUUCACAUGCGCGGCUGGAAAUUAGUUCUAUGGUGAAUAAUUUAAUAACGCCAAGUGAAGCAGGAAUGCAACGAGUGAAAUCAAAAGAAGACAACGGAAGCAUUGGAAAGGAGGGAAAUGAUUCUAUGAUGGGAAUUACGAAACAAGUUAAUGCCACCAUGGUUCCAAAAGUUGCACCAAAGAUUUCGAGAUCUGUUUAG